AUGGCGGAGGCUUCGCCGCAACCCGGACGGUACUUCUGCCACUGCUGUUCGGCCGAGAUCUCCCCGCGGCUGCCGGAUUAUAUCUGCCCAAGGUGUGAGUCUGGUUUUAUUGAAGAGCUUCCAGAAGAGACCAGAAAUACUGAAAAUAGUUCCAACUCUGCUACAGCUCCCACGGAUCAGAACAGACAACCAUUUGAGAAUGUGGAUCAGCAUUUAUUCACCUUGCCACAGGGCUAUGGCCAGUUUGCCUUUGGGAUUUUUGAUGACAGCUUUGAAUUUCCCACAUUCGGCUCUGGGGUGCAAUCUGAGGACACCAGGGACUCGGAGAACAGGCGGGAGAGAGAACACCAGUCCCGCCACCGCUAUGGCGCACGGCAGCCACGGGCCCGCCUCACUGCACGGCGUGCUGCAGGCAGGCAUGAAGGCGUCCCAACAUUAGAAGGGAUUAUUCAGCAAUUGGUCAAUGGAAUUAUUGCACCUGCAACAAUACCAAACCUGGGAUUGGGCCCUUGGGGUGUUUUGCAUUCAAAUCCAAUGGACUAUGCAUGGGGUGCUAAUGGCCUGGAUGCGAUCAUUACACAGCUCCUUAAUCAGUUUGAAAACACCGGUCCCCCACCAGCAGACAAAGAGAAAAUACAAGCCCUUCCCACCAUACAAGUCACAGAGGAACACGUAGGUUCAGGGUUAGAAUGUCCUGUAUGCAAAGAUGACUAUACGCUGGGUGAGAAUGUCCGGCAGUUACCUUGCAAUCACUUAUUCCACGAUGGCUGCAUAGUCCCCUGGCUGGAACAGCAUGAUACCUGCCCAGUGUGUCGGAAAAGCUUAAGUGGACAGAACACUGCCACAAAUCCCCCGGGACUGACAGGAAUGAAUUUUUCUUCCUCCUCUUCCUCCUCCUCCUCCAGUUCGCCAAGUAACGAAAACUCAACAAACAACUCGUGAAUCUCACCACCAGCCAGUCCAACCAUCCCGACCUUCUUCCCUCUUUCCCCUUUGCCCCCAACCCUACCCUGUCCAUUGCCCUUCUGCUUCCUGGUCAGAGGGAGCAGCUAAUCUUCCCCCACCCCACACUGAACCCAGGAGACAGAGUGGGGGGGAAGGGGGAGGGGGCGGGAGAGAUCCUAAGACCCCAACACCUUUCUUUUUUCCUUUCUUUUUUUCUUUUUCUUUUUUCUUUUUUUUUUUUUAAACAAGCUUUGGAAGCACCAAAGGCCUUUAGACCUUUUCCCCCUCUCUACCCGCCAGUCCCCAACUCAUCUGACGGUUCUAGGGAAGCUCUGUCUCUCCUGCCAAUUGAUGGCUACCACUGCGCUGGCUUAUAAAGCCUCCAGGUCACAUUAACUGCGUUUCAUCAGUCUGGAUCCUAGCAGGUACCAGGUUGUUUGAAAUGAAGGAUGGAUGUGGCCAAGCCAUCUCUGUGGUUGUGGAUUUGAGAUACUUUUCAUUUUCUUCUUUCUCCCCAACAGCCCCCCUAACCUUUGUAACCCCCUCAGAGGGAACAUAAAGACAAUGUUCCCAGGCGGGAAGGCCGGUGGAGUGUGGCUGUUUCAUUGCCAUCCAACAUGCGAACUGUCCACUCCCCCUUCAGCUGUCCUCUCUCCCAUCAUCCUGUCUGUCUUUAUAACCUCGCCCUCUAAUGCUCAACAACGGAAAGGGUUUUUAUAAUUUUAAAUUAUUACUGCUAUUAAAUAAAUGGACGUUUUAGCUCAA